UAUCGUAUUAAUAGACUAAACAUUCGGUGGGGGCGAUGCACCAUCGCCGGCGCAUCCAUCACCAAUAGGGGAGGCUCCCAAUCGCAUCAGACCCAUAACCCAGUUCGCGCUUCAAUUAAGCAGCAGGGUUUUAGUGUUUUCUAAGCCUUCCCUGUCCUCCUACUGUGUUAGCGCCAGGUCGGAUAUCAAUCUAACAGCCCUCGCAAUUACCAGAUUAUAUCUAUAUAGUCUCUACUUUAUCUCUAAUUCCUCUUUAUCAGCGGUUCUGUGACUGCUGACAUUGGUUUGAGUUCCCUUUUGUGGCAGUGUCAAGAUGACUGUAUCUGGACUAACUGGUAGUCCCUCAAGGUGUUGUCCCCGGGUACCAGUGAAUGGCUUAGGCUCAUUUUGCAGGCCAAGGUCUGCUUUUCCUAUUGCUGGAGAACCUAAAGAUAAACUAAACUUUCUCCGUCUAGAUAGAUGUUAUUGGUUUGGUUCUGUAAAAGGAUGCAAUGCAAAGCAAACUCUCCUGGUCAAGUGUGCAAUGGAUGCUUCCUAUGGUGGUGACAUGACAAAUGAUCAACCUGUUGUUUUUCCUAGAAUUCAUGUGAGGGACCCAUACAAACGGCUUGGGAUCAGCAGGGAGGCUUCUGAAGAUGAAAUUCAAGCUGCAAGGAACUUCCUUAUACAUAAAUAUGCUGGGCACAAACCCAGUGUGGAUGCAAUUGAAACUGCUCAUGACAAAAUAAUCAUGCAGAAGUUUUAUGAUAGGAAGAACCCAAAAAUUGACAUUCGGAAAAAGGUUAGGGAAAUAAAGCAAUCCCGAGUUGUGUUGGCUAUUGCAAGCAGGUUUCAAACUCCAUCGACACUUGUCAUCAUUAAAACAUCAAUUGCAUUUUUAGUACUUGGAGUUCUCACUGUCCUCUUUCCAACUGAAGAAGGUCCAACCCUACAGGUAGCCAUUUCCUUAAUGGCUACUAUAUAUUUUAUAUAUGAUCGGCUGAAGAGUAAAAUCAGAGCCUUUCUUUAUGGUGCUGGAGCUUUUAUUUUCUCAUGGCUGUUGGGAACGUUCUUGAUGGUAUCUGUGAUUCCACCACUGCCUUUCAUUAAAGGACUAAGGAGUUUUGAAGUUACUACUUCAUUGGUAACUUAUGUGCUACUUUGGGUUUCAUCUGCCUAUCUGAAGUAGUGCCAAUUUUCUCCUAGUACUAGAUCCCAUUGCAAGAACUCAGUUUUGUUGUGACUUGUGAAUGGUCAGUGGUUCAUCAAUCUUGCCUUGUUGCUUUAAGUUGCAUCGUCUUCCUAACUGUAGCAUCGUUGAGCAUGUUAAAUUUUUCGUGAAUGUUCCAUUAGGAAGAAAAGAUUCGUGGAAAUGACUGUUUUGCUCUUUAGAGAAAGGAUGUAAAACUAGAUGAAAGUAAAAGAUGAAUUUAUGCAUUUAUUUCAUGUUUCUUGCA